CACCUUCACCAUUAUCAUUACCAUCACCACCAUUAUCAUUCAAUUUAUGCCUAUGGUUGUUGGAUUAUGUUCUGUUUUGUAGAUUAUGUAUCAGAAUCACGGGGAUACCGAGAUGAAAGGCCGCGAACAACAGAAAGAUUUUCUUCUCCGAAAGAUCGUUAUAGAGAUUCCACUGGUCCAAGUUGGAAGACCAGACAAAGUAACUCACCCGUUCCACAGACAACACCAAAAAAGUCUUUCGAAUCGAUUCAACCUCGACAGUCAUUGCAGCAAGGAGACAAGCUUAGCGAGGCUCGUUACUUCAUCAUGAAAUGCAACAAUCAGCGAAAUCUAAGUAUUUCGAUGACCAAGGGAAUCUGGGCCACGACGAUUGCUAAUGAAAAGAAACUGAAUCGUGCAUUCAAGGAAAGCAAAAUGAUAAUCCUCUUCUUCUCUGUCCAAGGAAGUGGGCAUUUUCAAGGAUUUGCACACAUGACAUCCCCUAUUGGUAGAGAGAAGUCCCCAGAGUUUGGUUCCAGUUCUCUAGGAGGAGUAUUCAAGGUGGACUGGAUCAAAAAGGCUAACAUUCCUUUCCAAGAGGCACAUCAUUUAGUUAACCCAUGGAAUGAUAACAAGAAAGUACAAAUAAGCCGCGAUGGUCAGGAGUUGGAACCAUCAGUGGGAAGAGAACUGUGUAAGUUAUGGGACAAAGACCCAAAUGGUAGCAACUCUCGCUACUCAAAGCYGUCCAUGAGUGGAAACAGRAGAGGACGACAGCAAGGACCACUACCAACAGAGCCUCCACCAAACCACUGGAAUCAACCACUACCACAAUCAAGCUAUCAACAGCUAUCAAACAAUCAACAGAUCCUAACUCCACAUGCUGCGUCAAUGCCAAUACCAGUUCCUCUACCAUCACAGCAYUCCCACAACCCACUCAUGCCAGGGGGYUACCCACAUCAGCCUAGGCCCAUGGUAGGUCAGGCUGCUAUUGGGUAUCCCAAUCACGCUGUGGGGAUGCAUCCUGGUGUGGCUCCGGUUAGAUACCCUCAUAAUUCUUCAGUUGUUACAGGAUUACAGUUUCAACAACAAGGACCUGCAGGAUCUGGAAUAUUAAGACCAAAUACCUUUCCUUCUUAGAGACAGGCUCGUCACCAGAACAGAAAAAAGGGGGUUCAUAUUUGCAAUUUUAAGGUUGAAUAAGCAUUGAAAAAGGGAGAGGGGGGUUCAUUCUCACACCUUGGAUCCAUCCCUAGCAUUGAACCUAUACAGAAUAUCAUUAUACAAAGGGAUAUACAUAAUUAAUCUUUUCAUUGGAAAUAAGAUAUAGCCAGCUUUCAAAUCCAUAAUUGCUAUUAAAAAAUAUUGAUAUAUCUAA